AUGGAUCAACGUCUCAGUCAAGCAAUGCAGGUCACGGAACCUCUAACACAAUAUACGCUGGGAAUCCUUGGAAAUCGUAACGUCAUUUGGCCGCUCCUCAUCCUUUUGUCCCUCACAGCAUGGAGGUUUAUAAGUUCACGGGGAGAGCCCGUCAAACUAUCUGACCCGAUUCCUGGCAUAUAUAACACUGUUCAGUUCUUGACCAAUAAUGAAAAGUUUAUGAAACGCGUAAUGAAACUACUGAGCAAGAACAGCAUUGCGAAAUUCUACAUGGGAACAGUGCCGGUCUACCUCAUCUCCGGAACAAAACAUAUACAGUCCAUAUUCGGCAGGGACAACAAAGUCGGAAGCGAAGAAAUUUUCACUCAGGCUGUUCUUCCCACUCUUUACAAAAUGCCCAAGAGCCAUGUAGAGCGCUUUGCCAACGACAAGUCCGGGCGAGGUCAUGUUCCUGCACCAGGCACGGAAGGCACACCAAAGGAACAGCGAUACUGGGCGAGAUACGAACAAAUUCAUACAGAAUAUUUGGCGAGAACGCAACACUUGAAGCCUAUUAUUCAGGCAUAUAGCAAUCAGCUUGCGCACGAUCUUAAUAAAUAUCCUCUUGAAAAGUGGACUACGCUAGGUGUGGUUGAAACGUGCCGACGCGAGGUGACCAAAUGCGCCAUGAGUACUUUGUUGGGCCCUAAGGUCUUCGAGUUGGACCCAGACUUCUUGGAUACAUUUUGGGAAUUCGAUCAUAAUGUGUUUAUGCUUACAUUGGGCUUUCCCAAAUGGCUCAACCCAGGCCCUUACAAUGCCCAGGACAAGUACCUCUCUACGAUCGAGAGGUAUGUUCAUGCUGCUUGGGACAACUUUGACUGGAAUGGGCCGGACGCCGAAUCGAGCUGGGAACCUCAUUUCGGUGCUCGCGUUUGUCGCGAGAUUGCAAAGUGGUUCAAGGAAAGUGGCUUUCCAGACGUAUCCAUAUCUGGUGCACUUGGAACUCUUCUCUUCGCACAGAAUUCCAAUACUAUCCCAACCACAAUGUGGAUGAUUCUCCGGAUCUUCCAGGAUUCGUGCCUACUACAAGCGGUCCGGGAAGAAGUAGCUACAACCUACUCCAUCGACCCUGUAACUGGUGAACAUAUUUGUGAUAUUCAGAAGUUAGUAGUCUUGCCCUUGCUACAGUCAGUUUUUACCGAAGUUCUGCGAUUGCACAUGAAUUUCAACAUUAUUCGCCACGCCAAAGAAAACAUCACCAUGGACGGAUACAAUAUUCGAAAGGGGGCCAUGUUACAGGUCCCUAUGAUGGCUGCGCAUUACGAAGAAAGUGUCUGGGGAUCAAGUGGACACCCUGCUUCUGAAUUCUGGGCUGAGCGACACAUCAAAUACGUGGAGGACACCAAGGAGGACGGCAAGACUGAGCGCAGACGUGUCUUUGCUAUGGCGGGGCGGCCGAGUUCCUACUUUCCUUUCGGCGGCGGUCCACCCGUUUGUCCUGGACGACACUUCGCUAAACACGAGAUCCUGACUACAAUAGGCAUGUUAGUAUCGAAAUUCGACAUAGAGGUUGUUAAAUGGGUGAAAUUGGACGGAUCUCCUUCAGACCGACCAGCGCAGAAUAACCAAACCUAUUGCGGAGCAGGUACUAUGCCUCCAGAUCGUGAGAUGAAGAUCAGAAUAAAGCGACUUUGGUAA